AGUCGGCAGCAGCUCCACCAACCAGCGACAGCUUAUCUCAGACUGCAUCUUCUGAUAGCAGAGGCGGGGUUCUCAGUGUUCCCAGUGCUCUCUCUCCGCCUUCUACUGGAUUACUGGGAGGUCUGGAGCUUUCGGUCUGGAUCUGGAGACGGGAGGAUGUUCACUUCACCGCGUUGAGUUUCGUUUCUGCCGUGUGUGCAGUAUGUGUUCCCAGUGUUCCCAGCUCUGUGCUGCUUCAACACAGUGAACAGCGCGUAAAGUUUCCUCAACUUUAACACAACUUUACGCAGCAGACAGGUGCGCCACGGGAGCAGCGAGGAGCUUGAGUUUAGAGAGAUAGGCCUACGAGACUGGAACUACUGACCCUCACUUCUCCCAUCUCUACCCGGAGGUCUGCUGCGACCGUCGACUGGAUUAUGCGGGUCAUUGUCCCCCACAUAUGUCUGCUCCAGAUGUGUCCGGAACCCGACCGGCUGCGUCCCCUCCACGCCCUGCAGAACAUCUGAUCAUCUCCCGGACCAAAGACCAUCUGACUCCAAAUGAACCUCCUGCUCUUCCUGCUGCUCGCGUUGCUGCUCCCGCACUGUGGAUCAGCAGUCGACGCAGACCUCAGCUCCAAGUUCCUCCAAGCUAGCGUCAAGGAAGCCAACGGGGUGGAGGAGGACCAGCAGGAGAGGGUGCUGAGGCUGUCGGGGGAGGGGCAGGGGGAGGGGGAGGGGGUGGUCCAGAGCCCCGACUUCCCUCACCCCUACCCCCGUGACACCCAGCUGCUCUGGAGGCUGGUCGCCCCUGGCAACAGGAAGAUGCAGAUCUCCUUCGACCCCCGGUUCGGACUGGAGGAUCCGGAAGACGGAAUAUGCAAGUAUGACUUUGUGGAGAUUGAGGACCUGAGUGAGGGCAGGGUCCUGGGUCGCUGGUGUGGGUCUCAGUCCGGUCCGGCGGUCCUGCUGUCCCAGGGGUCUCAGGUCCGAGUCCGCUUCGUGUCUGACCAGUACUUCCCCUCUGAGCCCGGAUUCUGUCUCCACUACUCCCUACUGCCACCGAGUGACCCUGAGCCGCAGACUCCUGCUGUGACUCCAGCUCCUCCCCCCAGUGUGGAGGAGCUGGAGGAGGCGGUCUCCACCCUGGGGACGGUGGAGGAGGUGCUGAAGUACCUGGACCCUGAGGGCUGGCGGGCGGACAUGGAGGAGCUGUACCGGCCCUCCUGGCUCGGCCUCGGGAAGUCCUACAUCCACAACAAGAAGACCAGAGUGGGAGCCGACCUGAACCAGCUGAGGGAGGAGGUCCGUCUGUACAGCUGCUCCCCGCGGAACGUGUCGGUGUCGCUACGUGAAGAGCUGAGGAGGACGGACGCCAUCUUCUGGCCCGGCUGCUUGCUGGUGCGGCGCUGCGGCGGGAACUGCAGCUGCUCCCAGUGCUCCCAGUCAUGCUCCCAGUCCGGGGAACAGUGUGCCUGCAUUCCCAGCAGGACCUCCAGGAAGUACUACGAGGUCCUGCAGCUGAAGCACCGGGCGGGGGGGCGUGGUCUGCAGCGCUCCAUGACCGACGUGGUGUUGGAGCAUCAUGAGGAGUGUUCCUGUCAGUGCCAGCAGAACCACGACUGAUCGAGACCCCCCAGACCCCCAGGACCCCCAGACCCUCCAGAUCACCAAGGACCCCCAGAACCCAUCCAGAGCCUCCAGGACCCCAGGACCCUCCAGACCCACAGAACCCAUCCAGAACCCCCAGACCCCCAGAACCCAUCCAGGACCCCAAGACCCCAGAGGACCCCCAGACCCUCCA